AUGUCAAAAGUAGAAAUCGUAACAGAAACUGUCAACAAUGGCCGUACCGGUGAGCAGGAAACAAUACAGUACACACAAUCACAGAUGGUUGGCCACGGGUCGUUUGGAGUUGUGUUCCAGACCCAGUUGAUCCCUUCUAAUGAAAUUGCUGCUAUUAAAAGAGUGUUACAAGACAAGAGAUUCAAAAAUAGAGAGUUGCAGAUCAUGAAAUUGGUUCACCACAGAAACAUAGUUGACUUGAAGCACUAUUUCUACACUAAUAAUGAAAAAAAUGAACUCUACUUGAAUUUGAUCUUGGAAUUCGUUCCAGAAACGCUUUACAAGGCACUGCAUUACUAUGUGAGUAAAAGGUUGCUGAUGCCCUCUUUGGAAGUCAAACUUUAUACAUACCAGAUGCUUAGAGCGCUCAACUAUAUACACAGCCAAGGAAUAUGUCAUCGUGAUAUCAAACCGCAAAAUUUAUUAAUUGACCCUUCUAAUGGAGUCUUGAAGCUUUGUGAUUUUGGUUCCGCUAAAAUUUUAAAUCCUAACGAACCAAACGUCUCAUACAUUUGUUCUAGAUAUUAUAGAGCUCCAGAGUUAAUUUUCGGUGCAACCAAUUAUACUACCAAAAUUGAUGUUUGGUCGGCAGGUUGUGUUAUGGCAGAAUUGAUCUUGGGUCAACCUUUAUUCCCAGGUGAACUGGGUAUAGAUCAAUUGGUUGAAAUCAUCAAAAUUUUGGGUACUCCCUCCAAGGAUCAAAUCAAAAAUAUGAAUCCAAACUACAUUGAAUACACCUUCCCACAAAUAAAACCAAUACCAUUAUUGAAGAUCUUCAGAAAAAUGCCAAAUGACUGUAUUCUGUUCUUGAGCAAAAUUUUGCAGUAUUCUCCUAUUGAUAGAAUUUCAUGCAUCGAAGCUUUAUGUGAUCCAUAUUUUGAUGAGUUGAGGAAUUCUGAGACGAAACUUCCAAAUUAUAGAAAAUUAUUCUCCCAGCAACAAAGUCAAAAUUAUAAUGGUCAUUCUAAUUCAGCAUCGCACCACCAAAAUUCUUCCAACAGUUACUCUUCGAAUGCGGCCAACUAUCAAUUAUAUGAAAGUCAGCCUGAUUCAAGAAAUUUACCUGAAUUGUUUGACUUUGAUGACAGGGAACUUUCCGUUGAUACUAAAUUGAAUCAAAAGUUAAUUCCUAACUUUGCCUAUGAUAGAUUAUUGUUGAAGAGCGGGAAUAAGACUUUAGAGGGCUUUGUUCCUUUAAACGCAGAGGAAUUAAAGGUUACCCUAGAUUAA